AUGGUGCGACGGGCCGUGCAGCUGCACGAGCAAGUCAGUGACGCAAUCGAGCGGAUUCUAAAGAGCGAUUUCUACCUCGCUGCGGGCCAGCUCAAGCCGCGGCUGCACGACGUGCCGGAGCUAUCAGUGUCGGUGAAGCUGCUACCCAGCAAGAGCGGCAAGCACGGCGCCGGGAGAAAGGAGCAGACCCCCGUGCAUCCGCGCAGGCACGCCGAGGGCAAGGGGAGCGUGUCGGUUGACGCGAUUCGCCUCGCCGAAGCCGCGGCAGACGACGCCGCCGCCGGCGCUGGCGUCGUGAAAAGCGGCGAGCGGGCGAGUGACAAAGACGCGCGCACGGGCGGAGAGGAGCCUCCCCCGCGCGCGGAGCUGGCGGGGAAGGCGCGGGAGCAGGCGGAGGUGGAUCUCCGGUGCGCCGCUGGCGGCUGCGGCGGCGGCGGCGGGGGAGGAGGAGCGGCGGAGGAGGAUAACGAAGAAUGCGAGCAGUUGGGGUACCAGCACGCGUACGAGAAGCAGGCGGAGGUUGCGCGCAAGGACGGGCAGGCGGACAAGGGCGUUCCGGGGGAGCGCACGGUCGAGGCGCGCGUGCUGAUGUCGAUUAGAGACGCGCUGGAGAUGCUGGAUUGGCACCUGGAGCAGCUCAUGGAAAUGGAGCUGGACGAGCGGCGCCAAGUGGCGGCGGCGGCGGCGGCGGCAGUCAUGGCGGAGCGGCGCGCGGAGGAGGAGCAGCGCGGGGGGGUGAAGCGAGGGGAUGGGCGCGGGGGAGGUGGUGGUGGAGGUGUGGGUGGGGGUGGGGCGGAGCAGACGCCGACGUCGCGCGCGCCGGCGGCGGGGGGGGGGGGGCGCGGGCGGGGCGGGGAACGUGGCGGAGCAGAAGCGCGUGGUGCGCGAGGUGCAGCUGGUGACGCGCGUGCUGUGGUCGCAGGCCAAGUGCCACUGCGGGCGCGAAUGGAAGGUGCUGCGUUGCGCACCCAAACUACAUACAAUACGGAUGUUCAAACCCCCCUCUCCUCCCUCCCCUUCCCCCCUCCCCUUCCCCCUUCUCCUCCCUCUCCUUCCCGCCUCCCCUUCCCCCUUCUCCUCCCUCCCCUUUCCCCCUCCCCUUCCCCCUUCUCCUCCCUCCCCUUCCCCCCUCCCCUUCCCCCUUCUCCUCCCUCCUCUUCCCCCCUCCCCUUCCCCCUUCUCCCCUUCCCCCCUCCCCUUCCCCCUUCUCCUCCCUCCCCUUCCCCCCUCCCUCCCCCUUCCCUCUUCCCCCAGGUCGUCGAUGAGGUGUUGCAUUUCGCGGCGGAGGUCGCAUGCACGCCCUUCAACCCCUACCCCCCCUCGCCCCCCGGCCCCACGUAUCUUCCGCUCAUCUCCCCCGCCGCCGUCCCGUCCGCCAUCUCGCGCGUCUCCGCGCGCCACCACAAGCAGCACCAGGCUUCCGCGCUCGCCCACGCCGCCGCGCACGCGCACGCCGCCGCGCAGGGGCAUCCCCUCGCGCGACCUUGCGCGGAUGCCCCCGCGCGGGCGCACCAUCGGCAUCGCUCCCCCAUCCGCGUCAAAGCGGCGUUGCUCCCCGCGCCUCUCCCGCCGCCGCCGGCACCGCCGUCCUCGUACCAGUCGUCCCCGCCGGUCUCCCGUGCGCGGGCCCCCGGCUCCUGCGCCAGUGACGGGAUCCGCGCAAAUGGCGGCGGAACGGCGCGCGGGGGAGAGGACGCGGCGGACGGGCAGCGCGGAAAGGCAGGCGGGGAGCGCGAGGUUGAGUUGCGCCGGGGAAGCGCGGGCGAGCACGGGAACGGCGCGGAAGAGGGCGGAGUGCUGGGUGCGCGCGCGGAGGGGAAUGUGAUCCGCGGAGCGGAAGGAAGGGGUCUCGGCGGAGAGUUUGGGGAGGAAAUGGCUGGUAACGGGGAAAUUCCGCGGGUAGUGCGCGUGCUGGAGUUUGCGCAGCAGGGGGGGGACUCUGACGGGGGAGGCUACCCUCUAGGCCGUCUGCAUCCUCUCCGUGAUUCAGCACCCCACGCACUUGCUGCUGCUCUCCAUGUGCCCAGGGCGCUUGGAAGCCUCGUCGGAACCCCUCUGGGGGUGGCUCUGAGGGCCGUUGGGUGGCCUGUGAGUGGCGGCUGGCGCGUGCUGAGGGGGAUGGGCGGGGAAUGGGGCGGCGUGGGGGGGGUUCCGCCUGUGGUGCUGCGGGUUGGGGGGGUGAUGGGCGCAGGGCUGGGCUUGUGGGCGGUGGCGCAGAUGAGGGGGAGGGGGAAGGGGCGGAAGGGGGAGCGGGGGCAGCUGCUGAUGUGGGGGGAGAAUGGGCGGAGACAGCAGGUGGCUGCGGCGGUUGGGAAGAGUGCUGAGAAAAGAGGGAAUGCAAAUCGCAAUGGCAAUGGCAGUGGCAGUGGCAGUGGCAGUGGCAGUGGCAGUGGCAGUGGUGGCUUGAUACGAGGCCAAUAUACUGCAGGGCCUACAGCUACAAGGACUGGCAACGGUUAUAACCAUUACCACUCACACGAGCAGUCACAUGCUCAGUCACAUGCUCAUGUGUACGAUAAGUACUAUCAGCCCUAUAGGCAUGGCCUGCCUGAUAGCCCAUACAUGCAGCAUCAGGCAGGGGGAGAGGAGGCGUGGACGAAUGGGGACGGGUGGGAGGCGGAUGGUGGGGGGAGGAAGAAGUUGGGAGCGGGUGUGAAUGGGGGGGAGAGGGGGAGAGGAGAAGGGGAGGUGGAUGGGGAUAUGUGGGAUGGGGGGAUUGGGGAAAGGGGGGAGGAGGAAGAGGGUGAGGGGGGAGAGGAGGAAGGGGAGGUUAGAGGUGACUUGGGGAAAGUGCAUGGGCUGUACUUGGGAAGUCGAGGAGGGGAGGAGUGGGGGGAUGAGAAGGUGAAGAGGAAAGGGUAUGGAGGUUCUCGCAUGGAGAGUGGUGGCCGGAGCAGCAGCAGCACUGUUGGGUUGCAAGGGAGCAGCAGCACGUUUGGGAGCAGCAGUGGGGGGCCUAGGGCAAGUGGGGAGUCUGAGGGCCUGAGCAAUGCUAGUGUUACACAGCUGCGUGGUUACGCGCACGGGCGUCGGCCUAUUGUGGGAGAUGGAAAUGGAAUGGGCAAUGGUGAAGCCAUGCGGACUGGGCAGCGGACAGCAGGGAGCGAGCGCAGGGAAGGGGCGCUUGAUUUGGCUAGAGGAUGGUUACACAAGGUGGGGAAGGUGGACAUGUGA